AAUGUUGAUAAGCAAAAUCCAAGCGACAAGUUGAUGACGUCGUUCAGCGACACGUCAACCAGACGGAAGAAGAUCCGCAUCCAGUGAAAUCUGGCACUUUAGCGUGGAAAUAAGGACCCUGGCUUUAUCAAAAUGGGUGGUUUCUUCUCUAGUCUCUUCUCUGGCCUGUUUGGCACCAGGGAGAUGAGGAUUUUGAUCCUGGGUUUGGAUGGUGCCGGGAAAACCACCAUUCUGUACAGACUGCAGGUCGGAGAGGUGGUGACCACAAUUCCCACAAUUGGUUUCAACGUUGAGACGGUCACAUACAAGAACCUGAAGUUCCAGGUGUGGGAUCUGGGAGGACAGACGAGUAUCAGGCCCUACUGGCGCUGUUAUUACUCAAACACAGACGCAGUCAUCUAUGUCGUCGACAGCAGUGACCGUGACAGGAUGGGCAUCUCAAAGUCUGAACUGGUUGCUAUGUUGGAGGAAGAGGAGCUGAAGAAGGCGAUCCUUGUGGUGUUUGCGAACAAACAGGACAUGGAUCAGGCCAUGACACCGACCGAGGUGGCCAACGCCCUGGGCCUGCCUGCCCUUAAAGACAGAAAAUGGCAGAUCUUUAAGACUUCAGCCACCAAAGGCACAGGGCUGGACGAGGCUAUGGAGUGGUUGGUGGAUUCCCUGAAGAGUCGGCAGUAAAAGGCUGGCACCUGUUCUGUUUAUGCCCCGUUCUGUAUGAAGUCUUGUAAUGGACCGCUCCCUAUUUCCCCUUUUCCAUUGGACAGGUGAUUGCACUCCUACCCUUCCCCAUCACCUUCCCUACAUUACACCCAUCUGAAGCCUUGGCCGAGUCCUCCCCAUGCCAAACGUCUCUGAAGCCUGGGACUGAGCAGCAGAGGCUGCAGUAACAUGUGGACUGGACACAGACAUAUGAAGGUUUGGGAGAACUGUAAGACUGCAGCAAUGGAUGAGCAACAGUUUAAAUGUGGUGUCAACAUUUUCCUAUAUUUUGGCAACACAAAGUUACAGCUGAUAACUGACGUAUAUAAAUAAAUGUUGCUAAUCUUAUUAAUACAUUAGCAGUAGUUUUGAAGUCAUCGUGGAUUAAAAAGAUUCAGUCAGCUUCAGGUUUUAAGUCCUCUUGAAGGAUGCUUUACAGCCAGACAGCAUUGACCAUGUGACGAGCACUACAGUCACUGAAAAGAUCCAGCAAAUAUCCACCAGGAGGCAGCGUUUCACCAUUAAAGGCACAAACAUUACAAGACCCGACAGUCCUGCUCCUGAGAGGGUGAACGUCCACCUCAGUGCACAAUAUUUAUAGUGCACUGGACUGACUCACAACAUUGAUUUUCCAUUCCUGGUUGAAAACAGAACAUUCACUAAAUCACAAAAAAAUAAUUUUGACUCAGAAUGUGAAAGAACACGUUUCUUUGUAUCAGCCGUCGUCUAGCCAAGUGUUACUGCAGCCUGACCAUUUUUUGUACGAUAUAGCAGGCAGAUGGUUUGUCACCAGUUUCUAUUUUUCCUUCUGUUGAUUUGUCUUAAAUAAUUUAGGGGUUAAGUUUUUUUUUUUUCAUUUAAAUUUUUUGGGUGCAGCUUUGGCAUAUUAGUCUUUCAGUUACUGAACACUAACUGUAUGCUCAAAGUUUUAUGGUUGCAUAUUUAUAUCUGCUUGUACAGUGAAACUAAUUCUCAGUAAAGAUUGCUUUCAGUGAUUGUA